UAUUUUAUAACCGACCAAUCAGAGAGGGAGUGGGCGGAGUCAGGGAUACCAGUGGCGGAUUCAAACGGAAGAUGGCAGCGGAUAAAGAUUCUAAUAAAAAUACACAAAACAGAAGGGGUACGGUGUGUAACGUGGUGAUCAGCCAGGAUGCAGGGGGAACUUGGGGAGGCGGUGGGGUUGGUGGCCGCCCGCCCGUCAUCUUCAACCCAGACUUCUUUGUGGAGAAGCUACGUCACGAGAGACCUGAGGUGUUUCAAGAGCUGGUGCUUAGCAACAUCAGCCGCCUCAUCGACCUUCCCGGUGCUGAGUUCUCUCUGCUGUUAGGGGACGAGGGAGGGCCCAAGACACCCACAGGGGCCGGAGGGGGAUUCUUCCGCUCCUUCAACUUCCUCAAACGUAAAGAUAAGGAAGUGGUGUUUGGGACUCCUCUGACAGAGGGAGGCAUCGCCCAGAUUUACCAGCUCAUCGAAUACCUCAGCAAGAACCUGCAGGUAGAGGGUCUGUUCAGGGUGCCAGGUAACAGUGUGCGGCAGCAGGCCCUGAAGGAGCAGCUGAACAGUGGCGCAGACAUCGACCUGGAGGCAGGGGGCUUCCACCCCAACGACGUGGCCACCCUCCUCAAGACCUUCCUGGGAGAGCUACCUGAACCCCUCCUCACGCACCAACACUUCCAUGCUCACCUCAAAAUAGCAGACAUGACUCUGUUUGAUGAAAAAGGCAACAAGACGUCAGUACCUGAUAAGGAGCGUCAGAUUGAGGCCUUACAGCUCCUCUUCCUGCUGCUGCCCCAGGCCAACCGCAGCCUCCUCAAACUGAUCCUGGACCUGCUCUACCACACCGCCAAGCAGCAGGACAAGAACAAAAUGUCCGCCUUCAACCUCGCCCUCAUGUUUGCCCCCCACGUCGUGUGGCCCAGAGAUAUGGUGGCCAGUGACCUCCAGGAGAAUCUGAAGAAGCUUAACAACGGCAUGGCCUUCCUCAUCAAACACUCCCAGAAACUAUUCAGGGCUCCUAUGUACAUGAGGGAGCAUGCCAGAAUGCACUUCACAGGAUCUAAGACCCUGCAGACCAAGGAUGAUAUGGACCUGUUAUCUGUGACUGGUUUCCCUGCCCCUGUUCCCUGGAAGAGGUGUUGUGCUGACCCGUCUCAGUACCUGUCCCCCUCCUCGUCGUCCCAGGGCCAGCAGCACCACACAGAGGAGUCCCUGAAGGAGCUGUUCAGACACGUCCAUGACAACAUGCCCAACUCUGCCAAGAAGAAGAAACUCCUACGACAGCUUGCUAAACAGACCACCCCGGCCUGGCCCCAGGGACACCCAUCAACAACUAUCAGCCCCCCCCGGCCCAGAGCAAGAAACACCCCCGCUCCCGCUCCUUCGGUGGAUUCAUCAAGAGGAGACAUAAGGGGGACCAACAGGCGUUGGAGAGGCGGGGUAGACAGAUCUCCCCGGAGAUGGUUGCUGCGGCGAUGGGACGGCUGGGAAAGGAGAACGUCGUCCUGCAGUCGGGGAACAGUCCGGUGACAGUGAAUAAUAGUACUCCAGUCGGGGUCAAGGCCUCUGACAGCAUGGCCCUCAAUAGAGAGAGGGGACUCAAACUAUCAAAGGACUCUCCAUCCAUCUCCAGAAUGUGUUGGUCUCCCUCCCUAGAAACGUCCAUGUAGAGGAUUGGUACUAGCAACACUGGACUUGGGUUUUUUUUUUGUCAUUUUUUUCUUCUUUCAUCAAGUAAAAUAUAUUGUACAUUUCUAAAUCUGUGACGAAUACAACAUUAGUCCCCAGCCAGACAUGGGUUGCAUCCCAAUAAUCUCUUCUUUCUCCUGAAGUGUGCACUUGUUCACUUCCCUCAAUGUGUUUGAAAGGAAAUGACUGGAAUACCCAUAUGGAAACUCCUUCUAGCCCAUGCCUACACAAUCCAAGACUUUUACAUUGUGUGGGGAGUAGUGAAUGAGUGCACACUUCAGGGGGAGAGAUUUGGGACGUAACCCAGGAAAGUACAAGACCAACUCUGUUAAGUGUGGAGGCAGGGACAGGAGGGAGCUUUCUUUGGUCUGUUUGGGGUCUGAGUGCCACUCAUAACUUGAAACAGUUUUGUUAGACACUUUUACAGUUGUCCACUAACUGAGCCUACAUGGAUACUGUUACAGUUGACCACUAGCUGAGCCUACAUAGAUACCUUCACAGUUGACCACUAGCUGAGCCUACAUAGAUACUUUU